AUGAUACAAUUGAAAUUUCGAAAGAGAAAAGCUUUGGUUUGGUUUGGGUGUGGUUCUCUUACGAUAUUUGCUAUUUAUUGUUGGCAUUUUGCACUGGGAGUUUAUCGUCUUUAUAGCUCUGAUGAUACGGAUUCCUCAAAUGAAGUCUUACUACGUCAACGUGAAGAGAAAAUAGAUGAAGUGCAUUUGCCGAAAGGUUCGAAUAUUCAGUCAACGUGGUCUUGUACAGGUAAUAUGAAUUAUGAAUCUGAAUGGCAUCAGAGAACAUGUGCAUUCAAAAACAUUUGUUAUAAUAAAGAAAGAAAAGUAUUUCAGUUUUAUCGUAAGCCAGGCAACAUCAAAAAGCCAAUUUUAUUUGACCCUAAACUAGGUCAUAUAUAUGAUUUUAAUAUAAAUAAUCAUGGCUUUGUUAGUCUUAUUGCGCGCCCAUCUCAGCGUCAGUCAUGGGGACCAAUAAUUGUUGAAGAAUGGUUACCAUCCGCUGAUCAAGUACCUUAUUUAGAACAUGUUCAUGUUCUCUUUAUGCAUUGGCAUGUUUCCUUUAAUCCUGGUCAUGUUAUUUGGGAAGAUAUAGCAUCUACUUACUUUGCUAUGGUUAGGUUAAAUCAAUAUGAUAGAAAUGCUGUUAUUAUUGAAUAUAAACAUUUUCCAAAAAGAGGAGACGAAUUUUAUCAAAUGUAUGAAAAUCUAGUUCCUGCUUUUGCUGCAAAAGUCGAUGGUCUUGAUCACUACCUGAAUCAUUUUUCUUCGCCUCUUGUAUGUUUUCGAACUCUUGUUGCUGGUGGUAGUAAGUCGAUGUUCUCUGUUGACAAAGAACCAUAUACACAUGGAAAAGAAAGACUUCUAUAUGACUAUCGCACUGCUAUUCUACGAUAUCAUGGUGUCAAUGUAUCUCAUUUGCCGUCACGUCAUCGCAUCGUACUUGUAAACAAAACUCGAGCAUUACGUCGUAGCUUACGGGCAAUUGCAAAUCUUGUUGAAGUUAAACACUUUAUACAUUUGACAUAUCCGAAGAUACGGCUUGAUGUUAUUGACUGGACUAAAUAUAAAUUUACUCAACAAAUGCAUGAAUUAUACAAGACAACUAUAUUAAUCACACCAUGUGGUGGUGUUUCAGCAAUAAUACCAUUUUUACCUGAAGGAACACAUGCCAUCAUAAUGGAUUUCUAUGUCAAUAAACAAUCAUAUCGUAAAGGGGCGAGAUACGGGAUUGGAGAAUCAGCUUCAAUGGACGCAGCCCUUUCAUGUCGUGCAUAA